AGUCGCCGAUCAUUUCAACGAUUUUGUAAUGCGGGACGUGGAUGUAAGCAAGGAUCAACAAAAAUUGUCACAAUCACUAGCGAGCAAAGUUCUCCUAUUAAAAAAACGGUUGGCGUAAACUUGAUAAGCUGGAGAUGAAGAAGAGUACAACGACGAGAAUUAUGGUUGUCUGAAUUAUGAUUUUGGUGGCAACAAACACCCUAAAACUACAUGUCCCUUAUCUCCUCCCAAGUUGAUCAAAGCUUUGUGAAAAAAGCAGAGACGCUGAGCUUCUCUUACCACAACGUACUCAUCAUCUGCCUGAGUUCAUUGGUACGACGAGGUGUUGAUCCCUUUCCAAAUCAUGCCACCAACCCUUAUUGUUGCGAUAGGUAGUUACUUAGAGGUCAAGUAAUUACCUUGUACGCAUUAGUUUCCUUGUCCAUGUUCCUUGUCCAUGUUCCUUGUCUAAGUCCUAGUCCAAAUAUGUCUUGUAAUUGUCGUACGUGAGUCAGCUGUUGUAGUAGGGUUUGUCACCCACGUCCAUGUCUAUAUAUAUACGUGCUUAGCUGUGGAGUUUGUCACAAGCAAGAAACGUGAGAAUUCAUCUGUCACAGUAAUAACAGAUCAGCCGCGAACUCUUCCGAGUUCGCCGUGGAUUAGUCUCGUUCUGUCUAGAACGAGGAUACUACGCAAAUCCCGUGUGCUUUGUGUUUUCUCUAUUUCCGCGUCAUCGAUUUUAUCAUGGUAUCAGAGCUAACCUCGGUUCGUUGUUAGUUUGCUUUCGUUGGUGUUUCUUCUUGGCUACCCACUGCUCUUUCGUCUUGUCCGAUGAAGAAUCAGGUUCGGGUGACAAGGGGAAGGCGUCCGUCGAUCUCGAUGUCAUCAUCCCUACUUCCCCAUUGUUCUUGCAUCCGUCCGAUGUGCCCAGUCAGGUGUUCGUUGGGGAGAUACUUACUGAUCUCAAUUAUGGUGAAUGGUCGGCGAAGAUGUCUAAUGCGCUCAUCGCUAAGAACAAGUUUGAUUUUGUGCUCGGUACCGUCGCCAAACCUACUGCUGGUGAAAAGCUGAAUUCUUGGGUUCGAUGUAAUGAUAUGGUGGUCGGAUGGCUGCGGACUGCGAUGUCCAAGGAGAUCCGCAACAGCUUACGUUCGAGUUUUACGGCCAAGCAAAUCUGGGAUGAGUUACAAGAACGUUUCAGCACGUGUAACUUGCCCCGCCGUUACAAGAUUCAGCGUCAAAUCACCUCUCUUCGCCAAGAUAGAUCUAGUGUUUCGCCUUUGAUGCAAAAUUGAAGCGGCUAUGGGAUGAUUGGCUUAGUCUCGACCCCCCCGCGGUAUGUACGUGUGGUCGUUGUACCUGUCAAGUGGAGCGGCGCACAAUGGAGUCCCAUGAGGCCAUGAAACUUCUCGACUUCCUAGUUGGGUUGGACGAUCAUUAUUCUGCUGUCCGGACUCACCUCCUAUCUCAAAAGCCUCCGCCAACACUUGGUGAGGCUUAUCAUGCCGUCGCUAAUGACGAGCAGCAAAGGAGCCUUACACAUGAGCAUCGUCCGCGUCAAGAAGCUGCUGCCUUUCAGGGUAAGGGGGAGCGCCCAAGCUUGGACCAUCAUAGCUCCGAGAAUCGCACUCCCGAGGGUCGUCCUAUAUGCACGCACUGCAGAAAGCCGGGACACUUUCGCGAGACAUGUUACGACAUUAUUGGGUGGUCGCCAAAGUCAGGAGAGAGGAAUUACAAACCUCGCCGCAGAAACCCACCGCGACAAGGUCGAGGAGAUCCCCAUGAUGCUGCUGUCGAGUCUGCCGAUCUCAUCCCCGGUCUUUCUCCCGAUCUGGUUGCACAACUGAAGGCGUUCCUUAAUGUCGAUCUCAAGCAUUCUGAUGGCGAGCCUACCUCUUCUCAACCCAAAGCUAACAUGUCAGGUAUUUCCCGUGAUACUAUUCCUUCCGAUACAUGGGUUAUUGAUUCCGGUUGUAACAAACAUAUUGCUAAGGAUGCUUCGUUAUUUGAUGGUGAGUUGAAGUCCAACUCUAGUCUACAGGUUCGAAUUCCUAAUGGAACUGGAAUUCCAGUUCGUGGUACUGGCAAGUCUAUAUUGGGGAAUGGUUUAGUUCUCCGUAAUGUGUUACAUGUUCCAGAUUUUCAGUGUGAUCUGUUAUCGGUCAGUCGCCUUACAGCAGAUCAUCAGGUUGCAGUGGUUUUCUUAAACAAUUUCUUUGUAAUUCAGGACUUACAAUCCAAAGGCAUGAUUGGGAUGGGUAAGCAAGUGGAUGAUCUUUAUCACCUGCGGAUGUUUGAGGAUCGACAUCCAGUGGCUUAUGCAGCGCAGGAGGCACUCAAAGAUUCUCGUCUAUGGCAUUUUUGACUUGGGCACCCGUCAACGUCCAAGUUUGUUAUGUUGCAGCGUUUUAUUUCCAGACCGAUAGUAGUUAAUAAAGCUCCAUGUGUUUCCUGUUUGCGAGCAAAACAGACUAGACUUCCUUUUGUUGAGAGUUCGAUUAAAACUCGGUCAUGUUUCGAACUUAUUCAUGUAGACAUUUGGGGUGGAUAUCAACAGACUUCUUUUACUGGAGCUCACUAUUUUCUUAUUAUCGUGGAUGAUUUUAGUCGUACAGUCUGGGUAUAUCUGUUGAAGCAAAAGUCGGAGGUUGUGCGCUACUUGUUAUUGUUCUGUAACCAGGUUCGCACUCAAUAUGAGUGUCAGGUGAAGCGUAUUCAGAGUGAUAAUGGGCGAGAAUUUACUUUUCCAGCGUUGCGUGAUUAUUAUGAAAAGGAAGGGAUCAUCCUACAAACGUCCUGUACAGAUACUCCUCAACAGAAUGGGGUAGUCGAGCGCAAACAUCGCCACUUACUCGACACUGCCAGGGCUCUCCGUUUUCAUUCGGGGACUCCCUAUUCAUUUUUGGGGCGAAUGUGUUCUCACAGCGGCAUACCUCAUCAAUAGGAUGCCCCUCACUUCUAUUCACAAUAAAACUCCAUACGAAGU